AUCAUUUACUUACUUAUUUCAUUUUUAGCUUUUGAAAUUGUUUUUGACGUAGACGUAGGACAUUUGCAUUUAUACAAUUUUGAAUUUAUUAUCUAAUUUUAUUUUAGUUGAGUUUAUUGUAUAAUUUAUUAACAUUGAUACUUUCAUAUUGAAUAAUGACCAUGUUCAAUCAAAUGAAUUUCACAUUAUGUGGUGAAUAUUCAAAAUAUUUAAAUUCAUUAGAGAAAGUCUUCUCUCUUUGGUAUUAAUGUGGAAUAUAAUGCAUUAAUUAUAUUAAUAACAAAAUAAUUUUAUCAUGAAAAAACCUACUUCUUUACUAAAUUUACUUCUAUUAUUAAUAACAGGCAAUGUUCAAAGUUCAAUUCACAAGAAUCUUGCACAUUUUGAAACUUUACAUGCUUCAGAUUUUUCUCAUACCAUAGUGAAACGUGGUAUUAGUGAUAGUCCACAUCCAUUAAACAAAGUAAAAGAAGUAUCAUUUACCACAUUAGGAAGGGAUUUUCGAUUAAUUUUAACACCAAAAAAAGGAUUAUUACAUCAUCAAUUUGAAGCCACAAGUAUAGAUGCUGAAGGAAAUGAAACCCCGGUGGCAGUUGAUCAUGACCAUUUUUAUGAUGGUCGGGUAUUCGGAGAGAAAAGUUCACAUGCUAGUGUACAUUUAGAUAAAGGUGUAAUGACAGCUAUAAUUGAUGUUCCUGGGGAAACUUAUCACAUUGAACCAUCUUGGAGGCAUAUGAUUGAUAAGGAUAACAAAACAAUGGUAACUUAUAAGGCAUCAGAUGUACGAUUAAGUUGGGAACAUUCAGACCAAAAUCAACAUAAACCGUGUGCUUAUGUAAAGGAAGAUGCCGAGGUGGAAACUGUAGAUGAAGAUGAUGAUAAUUUAAAUUCUAUUACACGUUCUAAACGGGAUACCGAUUCUUAUGACUAUAUGAUAACACCGACAAGAACCCGUUGUCCAUUGCUUUUAGUUGCUGAUUAUAGAUUUUUUAGAGAAAUGGGUGGAGGUGAUACAAAAACAACUAUAAAUUAUUUAAUAAGUUUAAUUGAUCGUGUACAUAAAAUAUAUAAUGAUACUUUAUGGCUGGAACGUCAAGAAUCUGAUGGAUUUCGAGGCAUGGGAUUUGUUAUUAAAAAAAUAACAGUACACAGUGAUCCAACUAAAGUACGAAGUUCAGAGGAUCAUUACAACAUGAUUCGAGAAAAAUGGGAUGUUCGAUCACUACUUGAGGAAUUUUCUAAAUCAAAAGAUGUGUCCAAGUAUUGUUUAGCACAUCUGUUUACGCAUCAAACAUUCAGAUCAAAACGAUCUUCAGUAUUGGGUCUAGCAUAUAUAGCCUCACCUAGAAGUUAUGCAAUCGGCGGCAUAUGUAGUCCCGAGUAUUUUAAAAAUGGGUAUACAUUAUACCUUAAUUCUGGUCUAAGUUCAAGCCGUAAUCAUUAUGGUCAACGAGUAAUUACACGAGAAGCAGAUUUAGUUACUGCUCAUGAAUUUGGUCACAAUUGGGGAUCUGAACAUGAUCCAGAUAUAACUGAAUGUAGUCCUACGGCUAGCCAGGGAGGAUCUUUUCUUAUGUAUACAUAUAGUGUCAGUGGAUAUGAUAUUAACAAUAAAAGAUUUUCUCCAUGUAGUUUACGGUCUAUACGUAAAGUAUUACAAGCCAAAUCAGCGCGUUGUUUUUCUGAACCUGAGGAAUCAUUUUGUGGUAAUCUUAGAGUUGAAGGAAAUGAAGAAUGUGAUGCUGGUCUUUUAGGUACUGAAGAUAAUGACUCUUGCUGUGACAAAAACUGUAAACUCAGAAGAGCUCAAGGUGCUAGAUGCAGUGAUAAAAACUCUCCAUGUUGUCAAAAUUGUCAAUUUAUGGCAUCUGGAGUGAAAUGUCGUGAAGGGCAAUUUGCCACUUGUGAGCAAGAAUCUCGUUGUACAGGUACUGGAGCUGAGUGUCCUAAAAGUCCACCUAUGCCUGAUGGUACUGGGUGCCUUGAAAGGGGUAAAUGUCGUUCUGGUAAAUGCAUACCGUUUUGCGAGACACAAGGAUUACAAAGUUGUAUGUGUGAUACUAUAUUACAGUCAUGCAAACGUUGUUGUCGCAUAAAUUUAAACGAUACAUGUUAUCCAGUUGAUCCACCUGAUGUAUUACCUGAUGGAACGCCAUGUAUUCAAGGAUUUUGUAACAAAGGCGCAUGUGAGAAAACUAUUCAAGAUGUUGUAGAACGUUUUUGGGAUAUUAUCGAAGAAAUCAACAUUAACAAGAUGUUAAGGUUCUUAAAGGAUAACAUUGUAGGCACAGUGAUUUUGAUUACUGGUUUGAUAUGGGUACCAGCAUCUUGUAUAAUUAACUGGUUGGAUCAUAAACGUGCCAAAGAAGUCCGUGAAAGAAGGAAAUGGGAAGAUCAGGAUGAUUUUGUGCAAAUGUCUAAUGACGCAAGACCAAAAAAAAUAAUUUACAUCAAAGUGCCAACUAGUCAAGUGGAAAGUCUAAUGACGAACAAAUGAGAUACUUAAAUUAACACACACACAUACACAUAUAUAUGUAUUGUUAUAAGUCAAUAAAUUAAGUACUUCAGGAUCUCUAUGAUUAAAAACAAAAGAAAUAGUUUGUUUAAGUUCUAUUAGUUACCUUUUAUUAUUAUUUUUUUUUUAAAUUUUAAAAUAUUAUAAUAAAAAUGUUUGUUUUUUAAACUAGUCACAAGUAUAAUUAAGGUUUAUAAAAAUAGAUAAGAAAUUAACAAUUAAUUUUAAUUAUUACAUAAUGGUAUUGCAAUAAAUCAAUUUGUUUUAUUAUACAAA